GUAACCACUAGAAGCUCCAUAGGGCAAUUGUCACAGUAGCAAAAGAAAACAACCCAAACCAACGAAGAAGGUUAGGAAAUAACGAACAAUUCAAAUAAAUACUCUGCUCUACGCACUCUAUUUUGCACCGUACUUCGACAGAUCAGAAAACACAGUAAAAAUGAGCGUCAACGAUGAUCUGCUCGUCGACGGCUCGAUAGAGGGGGACCUGAUGGCGGCAAUGAACGCGGCUCUGGCAGAAAGCGGCGAUGACAACAACUCGAACUCCAACUCGAACCACGGGAGCGCCUUCUUUUCGGAGACCGACACGGCUUCGAUGCGUUCCAUCGACGUCAUGGGGGAAGCCAUGGGUCUGCUGAUGUCGGGGGAAAAUGACUACGAAAACGACUACGAGAGUGAACCCACCAACGGCAACAUGAAUAUGGACGGCAAGGAGAUAAGAAUCGACUCGGGGAACAACAACUACGGUGGAGUCGGGGGCGAUAUUGACGACGAAGAGGAAAUCAAUUUCGACGAUUUCAUGGCAGGCAGCAAGGGAUCMGGCGACAACAACGACGGCAAGAGCAUGGACCAAGACAUUUACGCAAUCGACGGCGGGGACCAACCACAAGGGGGGGAGAGCAAGGACGACGAUGCCGGUGCCCCUGGCGCGGAGAGUUCCAACGCAACCACCGAAACGGCAGCGAGCAAGGAGCCACCACCGGCAGGACUAGCCGCCGACGUCGUGCCGCUGAAGCAGUUCGAGAACGCCCUGGCCCUCAUCCAGGACCUCGAGAACCGGAUCCAGGUCCUGGAAACCGACCACCAGUGCCUCACCGAGGAGAACAUGGUUCUGAGGGAACAAACCCUGAGCCAGGCCACCGUCCUGGCGGACCUCGAGGCAAAGCUGGCCGCCUUCCCGAAACUCCUAGAGGAAACCGCCCGGGAGGAGGCCCAGGUGGCGGCCGCCAAGGCCGAGAUCGAGACCAAGUUCAUCUUCUGGAAAAAGGACAUGGACCGGCAGGAGCAGGAGCUGGAGGAGGAAAAGCUCAAGCGAACGAGGAAGCACUACUCGGCGACGACGGACUCGCUCAAGCAGUCGGACUUUCUGAAGGACGUCGUGGAGCGGAAGGAGCAGGAGAACGACGACGGCCACCACCAAGAAAAACCAAACGGGCCCCUCGCAUUCCUGCGCGGCUGGGGAAAUCGAAACAACAAGAAACACAGCAACAGCAAAGCCAACGGGGACAAGAACGAUGCCGUGCCCAGCGGCGAGAGCGAUGCAUCCACUGGGGGUGGUGCCUCUGCCAAUGGUGGCAGCAGCGGCAGCAAGGACCACGGCAGCGAAUCCACAAUAGAGACAUCUAAAGGGGACUUCAACAUCAACAUUACACUUUCCACCUCCAGGAGUGGGGACGACCUCCCCGAUAUGCCGGAACAAAGAAACGGAAAGAUCCGUCCCUCGCUACCGAGUAACGAGGAAGACGACGAAACCGAGGUGAACAGCAGCAACGCUAUCAAAGGAAACCACGGUCACGACGAAAAACUGCUGGACCUGCUGACGUAACGCAGCCGCAACAACGUCGCGGCAAGAUACCUCCGUUUCUGAUUGCUCCUUCCUUCGUCCAACCACUCACAACAGCAAAGCCAAUCCGAAAGGUACCUGAAGAUUACGAUGCGGAAUUGUUUUCCUUUCGUGGACUUUCUAAACUGCCAUUCGCCGGGAAAUUUGGAAGGAACGGCAUGGUCUGAUCUUGCCAAUAGGAUACUCCAAUGACACAAGGGAAAAACAACCCACUCAUCACACCGCACCAGACCGUAACGAUCGAUAGUGCUAUCUGCUCCAUCUAAGGUCCGAUUGAGCUAACCAUUCACAAAUAUUAUUCGGGGCGGAGCUCGUCUGUGGUUUGCAUCGUAACACCGGUCCUUAAAACACAACACACCAAACCACUUUCAACGGAACAAAGGGAUUGACUGAGGCAGUUUUCUUAAACUAUAGACAUAAUAAAAUAGCAGUUGCCUA